AUGUUCUCCCGACAGACCAUCAUCACUCUCACAUCCCUCCUAUCCCUCACCUCCUUCACUGUCGCCGUCCCAGCCCCCGCCCUCGAGUCCUCCACCACCUCCACCACCUCCCCUCCAUCAAUCCCCACAACCACCGCAAACCCCUUCCCCUUCCUCGACCCCCACCUCGGCGCCAAAAUAGACUACAACCAAGACCACUACGAGGACUACAUCCCAACCGAUCCCUCCAACACCCCAGACAACAAUGGCCAUGCCCUAGUCACCAGAAGAAGAAACACCCAAGGCUACGGCCUCGCCAACCACGCCACCAUCACCAUGCUGACGGGCAAAGAGUGUAACAUGUGGGGAGCCUCGUAUAGCGCCGAGGAAGGGGAGAAGAACUGCCAAAUUAAAGCGUGGGCGGGAAAUGACUGCACUGGGAAAGUGGGCGGGCCAAAAGCGAAGAAGUUGGUUCAAUGGGGAUGUACCAAGGAUAUCCAGUAUGGGUCUAUUGAGGUUAUUUGCUAG